AUGAGUCACGACUCUUUUCUUCCAUUGUCGUCAACGCCUGACUCGCCCGGGUUCCUGUUACCCCGACGUCCAAGCUUAGAACCCGACAAUGAUAUCUUCACCACCCGCGGUCAGCGACUCAGGAUGUUCCUACCUAGUCGAAGCUCCAGCACAGCUUUACAAGAUCUCGACGAAGAAUCUGGACCCCCACCAGAAUUUCUCCGGCGGGGCACGCUGCUUAUUGGACACAAAAACGCCCGCUAUGAAUGGCAACAAUACUAUCGCUCACCUGAAUCAUUACAGGGUCUGAAAAAGCCAGUGCGAAAGUACUACGAAAACAACAAUGAGUUGAUCUCACAAUAUCUGUAUAUCGAUCGCCUACUCGAUUCAUCCCUCCCGCACAACCUGAUCGAGGAGUACAAUGGCUGUCACCACCACAUUGCACCAAGAGAGGAUUCCCAUCCGUCCCCGGAUGCCAAUCCCUCGAUCAGUUCCAAGAUCAAGCGCACUCCGCAUAAUUUGUACCGCAUCCCGGAUGAAACGGCGCCAUUGCUCUCACCCCCGUCUGAAGAGGAACCAUGUGUCCACAGCCACAUUCCAGACAUGGAGACGCACGCGAACAUGUCUCCAGAAAAAGAAGAGCGGCUGAUCAAUCUCGCUAUCCGUAUCAACUUCGCUGCGAAUGUCAUCCUACUGGGUUCCAAGAUUGGCAUUAUGACCUUGACAAGCUCCAUGUCCGUUCUUGCAGGCCUGGUUGAUGGUGCACUGGACUUCUUGAGUACUGUCAUUAUUUGGGUGACCAUGACUUUGAUUCAACGCCAAGAUCGCAAUCGAUACCCGAUCAGUCGACGCAGGCUGGAACCGUUGAGCGUGUUAGUGUUUUCGGUUAUUAUGGUUACUUCAUUCUUCCAGGUCGGCAUCACGUCUGUGAACAGGUUGAUGGCCGAAGAUCAUGCUAUCGUUGAGCUUUCUAUGCCAUCUAUUGUGCUUAUGGCCGCGACCGUCGUGAUCAAGUUGCUCUGUUGGAUUUGGUGCCGUCUGAUUCCGAGUCCAAGUGUUCAGGUCCUUGCGCAGGACGCCAUGACGGACGUUAUCUUCAACACAUUUAGCAUCAUUUUCCCGCUGAUUGGAGCAUUUGCGCGCCUUUGGUAUCUGGAUCCUCUGGGAGGUUUGUUCCUCUCUGUCUACAUCAUGUGGAGCUGGGGCGAGACGGCCGGUGAGUACAUUCGUCGGUUGACAGGCGCAGCGGCAUCCGCCACCGACCACAGCAUCCUUCUUUACAUGACUAUGCGUUUCUCGCGAGUUAUCCGGAAAGUACAGGAUCUCAAGGCCUAUUAUGCGGGUGACAAACUCAAUGUCGAGGUCGACUUGGUUGUCGACGAGCAGACUAGCCUUCGUGAUAGCCACGACGUGGGCGAGAGUCUUCAAUACAUCUUGGAGAGUGUGCCGACCGUAGAUCGUGCCUUUGUGCAUUUGGAUUAUGAUGAGUGGAAUCUGCCAAGCCACAUGAACCAGUUGGAACGGUAA